AUGGUGAGGACCUUAACAGGCAAUGCCCCUUCAUAUGCAACAGUCAAACGCUGGGUAAAUGAAUACCAUCGUAGCAGGGAGAGUGUGGAAGAUGAUCCCAGACCAGGGAGACCUCCAACUGCAACCACCGAGGACAACAUUGACCUUGCUCUUGGUAUGAUAUUACAAGAUCAUCGAAUAUCAUGUCGCCAGAUAGCUGAGAGACUGGGCGUCUCAAAUGAAAGAGCAGACAACAUUGUGGAAAAAGAACUUGGGUUCUCAAAGGUUUCAGCAAUGUGGGUUCCUCGCCCUUUGACUCCUGAACAGAAACGUACCAGGUGCACUUUGUCCACGAGAACUCUGGAACUGUUUGAAGCCGAUGAAGAGAAUUUUCUUGCUUGUUUCAUCACUAUGGACGAAAGUUAG